AUGGCUUCUUACGAAAUGUCGGAUGUACAACGUAAUCAUGUAGUCGUGGAACAACCGCCAAGCAUCAACAAUGUUUGUUGCGGCUUCGGUUCGAAAUACUAUGUUAUAUUAACCGAUGGAAGGAUUAUUCAACGAGAAGAGCAACGACGAUGCGGUUGUACAUGUGGACGCGUUGAUUCUAUGUUCUUUUUAUCCGAUAUCAGUGGCAUCACAGACAAAGCAGAAUGUCGAUGCCCUAGUCUGAACUGCGCCAGUUUAUUGUGUAUCCUGUUUUGUUGUCCAUGUUUGGUUCUUUGUGCGCUGUGCGAUUGCUCCAAUUGUAGAAGAGGUGUUCCCAUUACUCUGCGCGCGUUAACUGGUUCAGAAGUGUUCAUAUUCGAUCGUAGAUUAGUAUACAAUGCUUUAGCAGACAUUCCUAAUGCCGCACGACCUCAUAAGAUAACAUCACAACCAUCCCAAGCAUCCAUGUCUGUACACGGUGCACCCUAUCCGGCAGUACAAUAUCCAGCGUUUCGUCCAAACGUACCAGAUUACAAUGCAGCAUUUUAA